UUUCUGUGAAGUUAGCUAAGGUGGUUAAAAAUAAGAUGGCCCCGGAACCUCCUUCUGUGACUACAAGUCAACGCAAAUCUGGGAAAGAUCAUGUAACUCCACAUAAACUUGCUCUUUUGGUCUUGAUCAGAGAAUUUUGUGUGGUAAAAAACAAAGCAAGAAUGAUUAAUCCAUUGCUCGGCCAAACAGAUGAUGUUUGGGAACAUACUAAUCUACAGCAACGGGAUUUUGCUAUCAUUACUUUGAAACUUUUACAGAGUCCUGAUAUGGAUUUAAAGAGCUUUAAUGAUAUGGUGAAACCUAUCCUGCACCCCAGGACUUACCAACAGUUCCUUGAGAGGUUAGAGGAGUUAAAAACUAAAGGUGUAGCUGCAAUAAUGGAUUAUUUUGAAUCGCUGGAAAAUUUACUAGUAGAUCCUACUCACCAAACCCCAACAGUUCACAAAAGCAGUAUCCUCGGCUUGUUUAUUCGUCGAAUGUUUCUAGUUUUUGAUAAGUUUACCUUCAGUCAUGUGGCCAAUGUCCAUAGAAAGUUCUGUCAGUAUUAUACUACUGCUUUUGGGGAAGAUCAACAAAACAACUCACUGAUUGAUGAAACAUUGCCUGUGGAUGAUUCUAGGGAAAUGGAAGAAACUCAAGUGAUGGCUUCGCAGAAACAGGCAGAAUUCUUCAUUGCACAGCAGGUAGCUCUUCUUCAUAUCAAUGAAAGGGAAGCAUUACCACCUCCUCAACUACAACAAAAAAUACGAGACUUCCAUAAAGGGAAUCCUGAGCUUACAGAAGCACAUUAUUUAAGCUUCCUCAACAAUCUUCGUGUUCGAGAGUUCUGUGGAGCCGUAGAGAGUCUGUAUCAUCACUUUGAUCGAAGCACCUUGAUUGUUCCCCAAGAUUCAAAAGCUGUUACAGUUACAGAGGAGACGACACGAAGUUUUCGUUAUGCUGCUCUAAAUUUGGCAAUUCUUCAUGCGAAAUUUGGACACAGACAAGAAGCUGUGGCUGCCCUGAAAGAAGCAAUAACAAUGGCACAGGAAGCUAAUGACACUAUUUGUCUCCAGCAUUCUUUAUGUUGGUUAUAUCGUUUGUCACCAGAAAAUGCAGAACCACUUAUUGAAAAGUCCAUUUCAAAGUCGGGAGAGUUAAACCUGUGGUAUUUAUCAUCUUUGAGUGUGAAGGCUCUUGCACAGCUAAAAUGCUUUAAAGCAGCAACUCCCUCCUUUGUGUUUGAGCUCAUGAUGAAAAGUGACAUUCUGAAUUGUCAACACUCCAUGACUGAAUUACUGGGCACUGCCUACUCUCAAAGGGCAGCAUUAUGGACACUGUAUGGAAACAGCUGUAUGGCCAACCUCAGUAGUCAGCUGUUGUUAAACCUAAACACCACAGAUCCUGUAAGAGGAGGGAUAUACCAAAUAGGUGAAGGCUACUGUUUAGCUCUCAGAAACCUUGCCUGGGACUUUGCUCUUCAGGGUCACUAUUUGGAAGCAGAUGAGAUUCUUGCCUUAGCCAAAGACUUAUUCCCCUCAUACUCUGAACAUUCACAUAUUUGGAAAUUGUGUGAAGUUUCCAUUGCCUUUGAGAAAGCUCUGCUUCAAGGUGAAUGGCAAGUGGCAGAGAAAGCUGGUGUGGGUGUUUCAGUGCUAAACCAGUUAGAAGGCCGAUUCAGACGAGCUCAACUUCUGCUACAUCAAGGAGUCAAAGCAUCUGCCCACAGCCUUAUUCAGGCUCUGAUAUCUGACUGUGAACAGGAAACAGAGAGUUUGGCCUUCUUUCAUGUUAGAGUCCUCCUCCUCGAAUCAGAGCUUUACCUCCAGUCACCAAAUGUAUCUGUGGCUAUCUCUUGUUUAACUAGAAGUUUGGCAAUCUGUAAAGAAAACCAUUAUGCCUAUCUUGAAGCUAUUACGGUGCUAUAUCUAGCCGCAGCCCAGUUUCUGCUGAAGUUACCCUAUCAGGCUCUCCAACUCGUUGAUUCGGUUUUUUUGACGAUUCUCUCCCACGGCUCUUUGUACGACAAGGCAAGAACACAUCUAUUGUAUGCUAAGUCAGUGAUUGCUGCUGCUAAGUUGGAUGAAGGACAAGAAUCCUAUCACAAAGCUCUUCGUAAAGGAGUAGAGAUGGUAGGCACUGCAGUUGUUUUAUUCCAGCAGUUACUGGCUCAUCAUCGAGUUAAAGAUGCUCUUUACUGGCAGGCACAAUUUUACCACGAACUUGGAAUGUACGCCGAACGAAAUAAAUGCUCUCACCAGUUUAGCUUGUUGGGCCAGCAGGCAAGUCAUCGGUUGAUGGAUGAAGUGUUUGUUCUGUGAUUACAUAUUUUGUUAUAUUUAUGUAAAAAAGAACCUUAGUUUGUGUUAAUCAAUUGUUUUUCAAAGGCAAGUCAUCGGUUGAUGGAUGAAGUGUUUGUUCUGUGAUUACAUAUUUUGUUAUAUUUAUGUAAAAAAGAACCUUAGUUUGUGUUAAUCAAUUGUUUUUCAAAGCUGUGCAUGAUUUUUUUCACCCGUGUUCUGCCCAUUUCUCAGCCUCGUAAAGACUCGUCAAAAAACAAGCCAAUAAAAACGUGUCCGUCACGUCAUGAUCUUCUUAAAAACCACUCAAUAUCUCAUAUUGCUAGCCAUUGUAUGCCUUGUUAAAAGGAAUGCAUUAUUUUUCAAAAGAGAACAUUCAGUAAUUAUAGUGUUGGCAGUUUGUAUAAAAAUUAACUGUUUUAUAUUUUUAAAAUAAAACAUUUUUUUAUAACAUGAGUUUAAAGGGUAGAUGGUCAACAUCUGUAUCUUAUGUAGAAUCAAAUGUUGACCAGAUGAAUGGAAUUUGAAGUUCUAUGUCAAAUUUUUUUUGACUGAAAUUUGACACCUAAUAAAAGAGUUAAAUAUAAGUUAACUAAAAAUGACAUUAAACAUAAAAACUAGAAAUACUGCUCGUGCAGAAAAUGUAAAUAACUGUACCUGAUAACAGUAAAUUAAUAAUUAUGAAAGUAAUUUUUGGAGGGUGAAUUUCAGGUUGUAUGUAAAUGAUUAGGUGUGUGUGUGUGUGUCUGUGCUAUACAAAAUAUUGAAUAUUAGGAAUGUAAAAUAUUUUAGCGAUGACAGAGCAUAAUUAAUUUUAUAAAAUAUUGUCUAUCACUCCCCUCAUUUCAUUUUUGUGCAAGUCGGGCAUCUUAUCAUGUGAUAUCAACUAUGCUUGUGAAUGACAUAGUAGAGGUACUUCACAUCUUCACAGUUCCUGACAUUUCAUGACAUAGAAGAGGUACUUCACAUCUUCACAGUUCCUGAUAUUUCAUGACAUAGUAGAGGUACUUCACAUCUUCACAGUUCCUGAUAUUUCACUUUAUUAUGCAGUGGAAUUGCCACAAAAAGCAAGGGCAGCCUGGUACAAGUGGUGCAUACUUGCGUUAGAGUGAUGAUGAUAUCUUGAGGCUAACCACACCUCUGAAAAAAUUAUCUUUUUGGUGCCUGAAGUCAUUCCCAAAGAUGCAGUACAUAUGCAGAAUGAUAUUAAAGUGUGAUAAACAUGCAGGCUACUUAAAUCAGUAAUAAUAAUAAUAAUAAAUAAGUCAAGGAAUGCAUUUACUUUAGUACAGUUGGAUGGCCAUUAUUAUCCAUUAGACUGAAGUCAAAGGCCAGCGGCACAAGCAUAUGUGGGCCAGCAUGGCCAGGAAGUUAGGGUGCUCAACUCGCAAUCUGCGGGUCGCGGGUUUGAAUCCCCGUCCCAUCAAACAUGCUUGCCCUUUCAGCCGUGGGGGGCAUU